AUGGGCCUAAAGCCAACCACAAGAACGGAACGGUUCAAGGAUGAGCCACCGUGCGAAUGGGCGACUGCAGCACCGUUCAGCACCAUUCCACAGCACCACCGAUCGUGGCACACCGAUCGUGGUAUGCAGCAGCAAGCAGGGGAUUGUGAGGUGGAGGAGGAGCAGCAUCAGCAGCAACACCGCCAACCGGAGGAGCUCACAGUUACUGCAAGAAACAUAGCGGCGGUGUUGGGGCCGGAAACAUCGAAAACCAACCGAAGCCGUUGGCGGUGGUUGCCGUCGUCGCGCGCCAGGGAUAGUUCAUCGUCGUCGUUCUUCGUAGGACUAACCGUGCUGUUGCUGCAUCUUACCGAUGUAAGCGGCCGUGCACCGAAGGAACCGUACUAUGGUCGCGAGAUCGGAAAACUCACCAACUUUGGCCACGGCAUCAAGGGUCAAGUGUACGCCGUCGAUGAAUCGACACUGUUUGUCAAAGGAUUCGCCUACGAUGGUAACGCACCGGAUGCGUUCUUCUGGGUCGGCAACUCGCCCCGCCCCAGCCCGGAAGGUUACAUCAUCCCGUACCCGGAGGAGUACAGUGGGAGAGAGCCGCCGGUGUUGCAGCAACACAACAACACAGACAUCAUCCUGAAGCUACCGAUGGGAAAACGUCUCCGAGACAUUCGCUGGCUUUCGGUGUGGUGCCGACGGUUUACGGUCGAUUUCGGUGAGAUUUUCAUUCCGCCCGGACUGGAUGUCCCGAAGCCCCGGGUUCUACCCGAGUUCAAGCGUCUGGCGCACGGCCUACGAUCCAGCAACAUCAGUAUCCUGGACGCGAAAACGUUCUACAUCCCGAAUCUGCACUACGAUGGAGCGGGUCCGGAUGCAUACUUCUGGGUGGGCAAUGGGUCCGAGCCCAACAUCAUGGGUACCAAAGUUCCUAAUGAGAUCGGUUCGCUGGAACCAUUGCGCGGCUACCAGGGUGAGGACAUCGAGAUCCAGCUGCCCGGCAAUCUGACCGUCUAUGAUAUCGAUUGGUUGGCGGUUUGGUGCGUCGAAUACCGACACAACUUCGGGCACGUCUACAUCCCGAAGGAUCUCGACGUACCGCCAGCUCUCGGGCAGACCAAGAUAGCGCCUCCAUGGUGGUACAAACCGACAACAACGACCACGUCGACCAUCGUCACCCAAGGCACCAGCAAACCGACCAAUGUCAACUGUAGGGAGCUGAUCAAGGGCAAACUGAACGUGAUGUGGGAAGUGAUGGAUGACUACAUCGUUAUCGAGCUGAUUGGACGGAUCAGCGAGGAGCAAUACAUGGCGUUCGGUAUCUCGGGAAGCCACGGACACCCGCAGAUGAUCGGUGCGGACGUGGUGGUAGCGUUCUAUGACCGCAAACUGCGUCGAUUCCGUGCCGAAGACUACUACAUGUCAUCGUUGGCCCAGUGUGACGGUCGGCUCGGCGUUUGUCCAGAUGAGCGGAUUGGUGGCAGGAAUGAUGUCGAAAUUUUGUCCGGUGACCGAAGCCAUGGUGUGACGAAGAUCAAAUACCGACGACUCCUGCAGACCAACGAGGCCGUCAACGAUCGGGCGUACCCAUUGGAUCGGCAGAUAUCCGUUAUCGCCGCCAUCGGACCACUGAAUUCACGGGAAGAGGCCAACUCGCACUCACACACCGGUACCGAGGUGACGGUGGACGAUGUGCAGAUAGACUUUUCGGCCAAGAACGACCACAUGUGUACCGAUGCGAUCGAUAACUAUCAGCCGGAAGAUGGUCCUAAGCCGUGGCCAACUCGUACCAUUCUCGGAGAGAAGGUAAUUACGGCACGGAUCGGGCCAACGGGUGGUAGCCGUGGUUACACGCCGAUCACCGGUAAUCCAUCGUGGGGUAUCGCCUGGUACAUGAACGAUAAGCUGAUCCCGGAGAUCUACGUCGAGCGUGGCCAAACUUAUACGUUCAUCGUGGAAGGUGGUGACGAACCGACGCAACCUGCCAAGUACCAUCCACUCUACAUUACAAGCUCCAGUGAAGGAGGUUACGGGCAGCUCUCUGAGGCACAGAAACGCAGAGAGAAUGUAUACGCCGGUGUGGAAUAUGAUUCUUCUGGCUAUGCCGUCCCCGUUGCAGCCGGUCGGUACUGUGAGUGGAAGCACAAAACCAUCGACAAAUCGGCCGAAAUCGAAACGUUCGAAGAGUACAUGAAAACACUGCAGCUAAGCUGCGAUGAUCCCAACGGACAGCCGGCCUAUCUGAACUGGACCGUCUUGGAGGAGACUCCGGAUCUGGUGUACUAUCAGUGCUUUACGCAUCGUAACCUUGGCUGGAAGAUACGCGUGGUAAAUGCGGGUGAAACAAGUAAGAUCAGCGGAUCGCAUGGUUUGUACGGUAGUGGUCCAGCCGGUAGUUUGCUGGUGGUGUGCUUGCUGGCAGCCCUUGCAACGAUCGCCGAUCGCUGGCUGCUGGCGGGAUGGUUCUGAUAGUUUUACGAUCAUUCCGUCCUGCAGCAGCACCUAUGACACUCAACCCCCUCGAUAUUGAGGUGUGUCGCGUCCGUAACGCUUCGCUUUACGAAGCAAAGCGCAUGAACUGAAAGGUGUUGCCACCAUCUUUCCCUUUUCUUGGUUUGUUUUAUAAAACAUUUUUUAAUACACUUUUCUUGAUAAACGCGCGUGUGUGUUUCACCGGGUAGGAGAAAUUGUUUUUUUGUUGUUGUUUGUUUCGUGUUGCGAUUCCAAACUCAUGUCCGCAUCAAAAUUAUACAUUGCUUGCUGUCUGAAGAUCCUGAGACCUUCGAUCCCCUAAUUUGCUGUCUCAAUUUCUCACCUCAUCCUCGUCUAGCGUAGCGGACCGUUUUGCCGCACUUAAUAAUGUCUUUAUCCGUCCAUUUACAACACUUUACUGACUACUAAUCGAUCGACACAAUGUACCCACGAGCCCACGGUUAGUGGGUACAGGUUCAUUCCUUGAUGUUGUGUUAUCUGCCUUUUUGCUCUACGCUGCAAAGACGACAAUAGAACGGCACAGAAAAACACAUAGUCCCACAACGCACAAGGAAUCGCAAACGCGAAGCAAAACCCUUUUUCCUUUCCAAUGCCUGGUUCUCGGUUACACACACCGGCGUACAAACUAUCACGCUGCUAUCACGGCUUUCGCUGUGGUAGGCUUUAUUAGGUAGGGAAAUCAAAUCGUUGGAUAACGCGAAAUGCGCGGAACGAAUGUUUCGUCCAACAAGAAGAAAGAAAAACGGAACAGCGCCCACCUGACCUAAGGACGAUCCGGCGCACCGUAGGUUUUGUGCGAAAGCUUGCACAAGCUUGGACCCCUUUUUGGGUGCAGGGAAGGGAAUCACCGCCCAACUUGCACCUGAAGCUACUAGCAAGCAAACCACACAACCAAUACAACCAUGCGAUAUCGCUGAAAAACAUAUCUUACUAGAGUGAAUUCUCGGAGUGUAUCCUUCACUGCGGCCGGAGCUUGAAGAAGGGAUGAAAUGUGUAGUGAAGGAGAAGAGGGAAGGAAGGGCUUACAUUAUCGCGAAGCAUAGCUUUGCUGUCGAAGUAAUUGCAACAAGAAAAGAAAAGAAACAAUUAGUUAAUCAAUUAUCUCGAAUGCUGAAUCGUGCGAGUGUAGGCGCAGCUUUUGCGAUGCAAGAAAGAUAGGAACGACGAAAGUUAGGGCUCGGAUAUGCGAUCCUACGUUCAAGGGAUGCAAAUGUACAGUAGUAAGGUGUGCAGUAUUUGGCAGGUCAUGUAAAGAUUGGCCAGGGAAGCUUAAGUAUCUUUCCUAUGCAAUCGUUUAUCCCAGUGUACAACUCGCAAUGUGUCCACGGCCUCAAUCUCCUUUUCCGUUCUGUUGCUUAAUUGGUCGUUGGCCUCGGCUGGCCCCCGAUCAUAAGUAUCGUUAACUGUUGAUUAUGUUUCGUUUCGUUCAUAAGUGUCCACUGAGGCAAUUUGUUAUGCUGGUUGUAGUCUCGCAGAUGCCGAGUCGAAACCAUUUCGCUUUCUUUAUCCUGAGGACCCACAGAAAGGAGGAGCACAGGAUGUACAUUUGCAAAACGAAAAACAUCGAAGUUAAGCUGAUUAGCCGUGCGACAUGUGGAAAAUCAUUAAAUGUUUAAAAAAACACCGUUGCUCGUAAAACAAACAAACAAAAUUACGCAAUCCCCAUGCAAACCAUUAACGAAUGACAAUAAGUAACGAAGUAACUGUAAACGCCUAGCCAUGGCGCCCAGACAGGUUAUUUACAGGUGCGGUGGUGCACGAGACAAUAAUGAACCCGUUUUUGGCGACUGUGUUUUGUGGUGUGAAUGAUAUUAAAGCCCUGGGCAGGGAAUGGUGGACGAUGGGACACUGGAAAGUGACUACCGUGCAGUGAUGUUAGCGGAAGAGAAAGACAAUAAUAUGCAACUGGAAAGACCAUUUCAAUAUAAAUAGCUACUCCAAACCAUCAUUGAAUCGUACUCGUCUCCAAUCAAUUGUCAGUGUAUUAAAAACCUAGCGUUUACUCUUGAGCUCCAGGGGCGCGCCAUCACUUUAAGCGCGGUUCGUGGAGGCACACAAGUUCGUAAACUAUUAAUAAUAUGCUAGAGUUAAACCCCAUCUUAGAUAGCUUAAGAAAAAUUAAUAUAGUAAUACACGUUUUGCAGCGAGUACCUUUAGCUCCGCCGCGUGCACAUUCUCUGACAAUAAUCGAACGUAGGUACGUGAAAUCGCAAGACUUUGGGGUGCCGUACUGCAUGUGAAGCUGUACGGUUUUGUUCCGCCGAUUGCAAAACCGGGACCGGGACAGGGAGCGCGAGCAUUGUGCAAAGAAUCAUGACGAAAGCCUCCCCCAGAGUAUCGGAGCAUAUAAAAUGUACAUAAUUGGCAUUCUGGAAGCAAACCAAAAAACCAAAAGAAAGCCCAACCACAAGAAGGUGUGUAAACAUUCUUUUUGGGGAAAAUUCGAAGCGGUUGGCCAACAUCAUGAAUCAAAACUCACAUUGUUCACAUUCACAAUUACAUACAUUCCGAUUCGAACACGAUAACGAUAGGUGGGGACGGUUUGUAGACGAUGAUGAUGAUGAUGAGGAUGAUGGCGAGCAGAUGAAGGCUAAUUAAAUAAAAGUUCUAUCGAUAAUUGUAAAUUUAGCAAACGACAAACUCAAAAUAGGCUGGCGAAAUGCAAUUCAUUCCAAUUUAAAACCAGAGCAAGCUAGGGCUAGGAUCCCGAUUUCCGGGGGUUGGUAAGCGUUUCCCGGGAAACGAGCUACUUCCUAGCCCCGUUUGACCCAUGAACAUCACUCGAUGAAGCUGACGGUGUGUUGCAAUUUACUCUACUUAUACUUCUCUGCUGUGAGAAGAACCCAUAAAGAAGGUAAACAAUCCGCAAGUACAUUAAGAGACAAUAAAGAGAGGACGAUAAAGAGAGGACAAUAAAAGGAUAGUGAUUGAAGCGCAGAUGAUCGCAUAUACAUACAAACUUAUAUAUAUACAUAAAUAUACAUAAAUAUAUAAAUAUAGGCAAGCGUAAGACUAAGCUGAAGCAGAACUAUUGCAUUAUACAUUGUACAUGUAAAAUUUUACAAUUCAUUGUCACAAUCCAUUGUUAAUCUAAUUUGCUGCCGGCAGGUGACGGGUGAAUACAGUUUGAAGCCACUGUGAUGGUUUAGCAGAAAACUGUAAAAAAAAAACCUAUGAAUCAUGAAUCUGCUGAUUGUGCUAUUACUUGGCUGUUGUUCUUUGUUUCCAUACUUGUUUGGCCAUGU